AUGGCGACGAUGAAACAUUUAGCGAAUUACAAACUUGUGUUCCUCGGAGACCAGUCCGUUGGCAAAACCAGCAUCAUCACUGCUUUCAUAAAGCCGCUUAUCGAUGUUUUGGCUCUGCCUUAUGCAAUGCUUAUCGACAUUUCGUAUAUUGUAUCUGCAGGGAGGGAUACUGCAGGACAAGAGAGAUUUAAAAGCUUAAUACCAAGUUAUAUCAGAGAUUCUUCUGUUGCUCUUAUUGUCUAUGAUGUUGCAAAUAAGGAAUCGUUUUUGAACACCUCCAAGUGGAUUGAAGAUGUUCGAGCGGAAAGAGGCAAUCAUGUCAUUAUCGUUCUUGUUGGUAACAAAACCGAUCUUGUUAAUAAAAGGCAAAUUUCAACAGAGGAAGGAGAUAAUAAAGCUCGCGAGUUUGGAGCUUUGUUCAUAGAGACUAGUGCAAAAAUUGGAUUCAACAUUAAGCCUUUGUUCUCCAAGAUUGCAUCGGAGUUACAGGGAAUUGAGACAGUUGCUUGA